AUGUACACAGCUGUGGUCUCGGCAUUGACUCUUAAUCUGUGUUCUAAUUCGAACUUGGGAACUUUUCAGUCUACAUAUCAGUACAACUCAAUUGGGUAUUGCCUGGAUAAUUGCCGUAAUGCAGGCUACGCUGUGGCUAUACUCCAAAGUUAUUCAUGUUGGUGCUCAAACUCCGUACCAGCUGAUACCGUAGAUUUGUCCAAUUGCCAGGUUAAGUGUCCAAGCUACGAUUUAGAGGAUUGUGCUCAAGCAGGUUUCUAUGGCUAUUUCCUUGUU